ACUUUUACCAAGCUGAUAGUGCAUUAAAAUAAAGCUGCUGGUUGAAAACACGCACACACAGGGAAGUUCCAGGAUACAACACAACACUUGGGUGAGGUCAGAUGACUUCUGGUGUGCAAGAGAAAAAUCUCAGCUCGGUCUGGUAGAACUGGGAAAAUACAGUCAUUGGACAGGUGUGUGUGUGUGUGUGUGUGAGAGAGAAAGAGAGUGAGAGUGUGAGAGAGACAGGAUGGGCUCUCUGAAACAUCAGACCGAGGCUCUCAAACUUUUACACGAACUUCAUUCAAACAGGAGGGUCAGAACCAACACCGACACAAACAAAACGACUGUGCCUGUAGCUGAGAGAGCCAGGGAGAGUUUAUUAGCACGUCUGAUGGACAUUUUAUCACAGAUCAUCUCCAUAGAGCAGGAUUUAAUGAGCAACCUCUCUGGAGAGGUGAAGUGCUUUCUCCGGCACAAGGACAGCGUGGAUUUGAAGAACAUCUGCUUGAGAAUGGCUCUGAGUGAAAGCGGCCAUAAGUCGGACAGAAAUCUGAAGGAGCUCCGGCUCUGUCUGCAGCUCAUAGUCAACAACUUGCUCUCAGCAGUGCGCGACCAGAAGAAUUUAUCGUCCACAGGAGCCACUCGACGGCUAAUGGGCAUAUCCAUCACCCUGCCUGACAUCUGAACUGCCGUGUUAUCUGGAGAGGUGCCUGCUUUUCCCGCUGAACUGACAGCACUGCUUUAUUUGAGCUUUUAAACAGGCAGAGCUGUGGCGCACCCGGAGCUCCAGCAGGAUCCUGGGCUGGGCUGGGCUUGGGAAUGACUGGCACAACUCCAUACUACCUCACAGGGUUCAGCUCUAAAUGAACUUUUAUUUUAUUUGUGAAGGUAACAAAUCCCAGAAUAUGUGACAUCUAAUCUAUAAGCCUGCAUUCUUUCUUUAAGGUUUUAUUUUUUCAUGAAGGCUAUAUUCACUGCUGAAAAUGCAAUAGAAACCCUCAGAGAAUUUCUAAUGGUUUUAAUGGGAAUUGUAUUGGUUUUAAUGGGAAUUGUAAUGGUCCCUAUGGGUCUCUACUUGUAAUUUGUUGCCUUCUAUUGGUGCCAUGUUAUGUCUCGUGGAUAUUAUUAAGGACCAGUAAUGGUUUUAAUGGUUAGCUAAUGGUUUGUAAUGGUAUUUGUAGUGGAAGCCAUUAGAAUUUCUGUGAUGGUUUCUAUUGGUUUUUUUUUUCCAGCAGUAUUGUCAGUGUCAAUGUGUAGAUGCAUCUCCAUUGUAAUAAUUUGUGGGGGUUUUUUCAUCCAUUUACACCUAUUUAUUAUGCUUAUUUGGCUGAUGCUUUUAUCCAAAGCAACUUACAUUUGAGACAGGAUUACAACAGGGUUAACUGCAGCGUGCAGCAAUGCUGGUAUUUGGACUCACAACCUUCUGAUCUGUAGCUCAAAGCCUUAAUCAAAUACCUUAAACAACACUAAUUUAGCAGUUGGUUUCUUAGAAAAAGAAAUAGGAUACCUUUUUUGGAUAAUUAAACUCGAGUACAGUUUUAAAGGUAGAACUACUUUGUGUACAUCUUUUUUUUUUUUUGGAAACAUGAAGGUUGUAUUGUCAUUGUUGCUGUCAGUGUGAAGGUGUAUCUCCAUUGUAAUUACCUGAAUUGUUUCAUCCAUCUACGCCUAUUUAUUAAAAUAGACUACUGUAAUAGUUGGUUAGUUGAUCAUAAUUCUGUUGUUAUCUCCAUAAGGUCAAACAGGACAUGCCUAUAAUGCUUUAGCAGGCAGUUUUACAGGUGUAACUAGUUCCGUGACUGACAAAGCAAAACCGUAUCUGCCCAAGCAAUAUUAUUAGCACCUAAACAAACUACAAACUGAGUUUUAGUGUGUGAUACUUGAAAUAAUAAAGGCUAGUCCUGAACUGUACACUCUCAGAAAGAAAGGUACAUUUCCUUAGAGCUGGAGUGGCAGUUUCAAAGGUACAUCUUUUCUACCUUAACUAUGUAGCCAUUUACCUAGAAUGUUGCAUGUAGUUUACUUUUUAAGCUUUACUCUAACAACUACAUUUCAUUUAUGCACUUUAAAUCAUUGUAAAGUUACACCAUAUUUGUGUUUCAAGGUAAAAAAUACAUAUUAAAAGUACAAAUGACACCAGUGAUUAGGAAGGGUAUGGGUUAGUGCUUUUUUUUAACGUAUAAAGAUGUUCACUGAAGAGUUACCAGAUAUCAGUGUAAUAUUGGACAAGGCCUUAAU